AUGAUUAUUCCAGUCCGCUGCUUUUCCUGCGGGAAGGUUAUCGGGGAUCUAUGGGAGCGCUACUUGAAACUCAUUGAUGAGGGCACGACGGAUGGGGAUGCGAUGGAUCAACUGGGGUGUAAACGAUACUGUUGUCGCCGCAUGAUUAUGACACAUGUCGACCUGAUCGAAAAACUUCUCAAGUACAACCCCGCAGAACGAGACACGAAGAAGGCCGCUAUGGGUUAG